AAUGGCUGAGAGAUUCCCUUCCCCAUUGAGCCCUUCUAUAAAGAAGGGCAGAGAAAAGGGGGCCUUAAGCCACGAAAAUGGGAGCCGAGCCUUUGCUUCACACUGCCAAUGAUUCUGAAGCCGCCCCUCUUAUUCUUGGACUUCAACCUGCUGCCCUCAUCGACCAUGUUUCCCGUGUCGAUUCUUCUCUUCUUAACCGAAUUCCCGGCGACCGCGGUGGCUCAAUGCCGGUGGGUAUGGAAGAGCUUGAGAAUAUACUGAGGGAGGUGAAAUCCUAUACACUUUCCACGCCUGAUGAUGAUCUGACUCCGGUUAAGACAAUAGCUGGAGGAAGUGUUGCCAACACAAUUCGAGGAUUGAGUGCAGGGUUUGGAGUCAGCUGUGGAAUUAUUGGCGCCUAUGGGGAUGAUGAGCAAGGAAAAUUGUUUGUCUCUAACAUGAGCUCCAAUGGGGUCAAUCUCUCAAGAUUGAGGAUGAUUAAAGGUCCCACAGCUCAGUGUGUUUGCCUGGUUGAUGCAUUGGGCAAUCGCACAAUGCGACCCUGUCUCUCAAGUGCAGUUAAAGUUCAGGGCAAUGAACUGACUAGAGAUGACUUUAAGGGCUCUAAGUGGCUUGUAAUGAGAUAUAGUAUAUUUAACAUGGAGGUUAUUGAAGCGGCUGUAAAGAUGGCCAAACAAGAGAAAGUUUUUGUGUCCUUAGAUUUGGCCAGUUUUGAGAUGGUUCGAGAUUUUAGAUUACCUCUUCUCCAGCUACUGGAAUCCGGGGAUAUUGACCUUUGCUUUGCCAAUGAAGACGAAGCAAAAGAGUUGAUAGGGGGUGAGACAGACGCUGAUCCUGAAGUUGCGCUAGAAUUUCUUGCAAAGCACUGUCAAUGGGCUGUCGUGACAUUAGGUGCCAAUGGCUGUAUCGCUAAGCAUGGAAAAGAGAUUGUCCGAGUUCCAGCAAUAGGGGAAUCAAAGGCGACAGAUGCCACUGGAGCAGGCGACUUGUUUGCAAGCGGGUUUUUGUACGGCUUAGUGAAAGGGUUGUCUCUGGAGAAAUGCUGUCAACUUGGAUCGUGCAGCGGCGGUUCUGUCAUCCGUGCCCUUGGGGGUGAGGUUACCCCAGAAAAUUGGCAAUGGAUGCACAAGCAUUUGCAGAUCAAGGGGCUUCCUCUCCCUGAGAUCCCUCAAUGAUCAAUCAUUUUUCUCAUGUCAUUGUUGCCCCAUCUAUUUUCAUUGCCAUCAAUUUUCUCUUUUUAACAAGCAUCUCUUUCUUCAACCCUGGGGGAUGGCUGGACUUUCUUUCAAAUUUCUGGGAAAAGAAAAAGGGCUAAGUUAUUUGAAGUUAGCUGGAGGAGCUCUUUGAUAAUCUCAGGCUUAUGUCUCCAUCAACAAUAUGUAAAAAGUUAUUUUUCAUUAAUGUGAUUUCAUCUAUUUUCAGCCUA